UCUUUCCUACCCUGAUGAUGGCUGUAUUUCUGCUCCACUACCUGUGAUCUGAGGAAAAAAAAAAAAAAAAAAAAAAAAAAACUCGUCUGCAUUUCAGCGGGUAGUUAAGGUCAAACUAACAAACCCAAGGCAAGAUGACCACAGACACGCAAGCCCAAAGCGUAGCCUCCAGGAUAAUGACAUUCACCCCCUCUAAAGAGGAGUUCAAGGACUUCAGCCGCUACAUUGCCUAUAUGGAGUCACAAGGAGCACACAAAGCUGGAAUGGCAAAAGUUAUUCCCCCUAAAGGCUGGAAACCUAGACGGACCUAUGAUGAUAUUGAUGACCUGGUGAUUCCAGCACCCAUUCAGCAGGUGGUAACCGGCCAGUCAGGACUGUUCACACAGUACAACAUCCAGAAGAAACCAAUGACCGUCCAUGAGUUCCGCAAGACCUCCAACAUGGACAAGUUCUGCAAUCCACGAUAUGUGGAUUUUGACGAGCUGGAGAGGAAGUUUUGGAAGAACCUGACCUUCAACCCACCUCUUUAUGGGGCUGAUGUCAGUGGAACACUGUACGAUCCAGAUGUGACUGAAUGGAACAUUGGCCAUCUCAACACCAUUCUGGAUACUGUGGAGAAUGAGAGUGGGAUCAAGAUCAAAGGAGUCAACACACCAUACCUGUAUUUUGGGAUGUGGAAGAGUGCCUUUGCGUGGCACACUGAGGACAUGGAUCUAUACAGCAUCAACUACCUGCAUUUUGGAGAGCCAAAGUCCUGGUAUGUUGUCCCACCAGAGCAUGGGAAAAGACUGGAACGACUUGCCAAGGGUUUCUUCCCAGGAAAUGCUCAGAGCUGUGAAGCCUUCCUGCGCCACAAGAUGACUCUAAUUUCACCCUCAAUCCUGAAAAAAUAUGGCAUACCAUUUGAGAAGGUCACUCAGGAGGCUGGGCAGUUCAUUGUAACGUUCCCAUUUGGCUAUCAUGCUGGUUUCAACCACGGCUUCAACUGUGCUGAGUCCACCAACUUUGCCACCGAGCGAUGGAUUGAUUACGGCAAACAGGCAACACUGUGUUCGUGCCGUCAGGACAUGGUGAAGAUCUCCAUGGAUGUGUUUGUACGCAAGUUUCAGCCCAACCGUUAUAAGUUAUGGAAGGCAGGGAAAGACAACGCUCCGAUCGACCACACCAAACCCACACCAGAGGCUGAUGAGUUUCUGAAAGAAGACAAGACUGAGACUUCAAAAGACAGUGAAGCUGGAUCUGAGAAUCCCACUGCGCCCAUGCAGGAGGGCAAAAGUCCGAAGCCUCAGACUGGGACAAAGCGUCAGCUUGAAGCUGUUGAAGAUGUCAAACCUGAGCUGAUUCUGAAGGAGACUGAGGAGGUGGAGCCAAAGAGGGCCAAGCUGUCACGCAGAGAGUCUCCAACUAAUGUCCCUGUCAAGCCAGAUAAAGACACGGUGAACGUCAAGCUGGAGCCUAAGAAGGAGAAAGACACCAAGCCACAGUCUAAAUCCCAGUCCAAAGCAAGCACUAAGAAAACUUCAAACAGACGAAGCCCGUCAAAAAAAGAGAAGAGCAGCGUAUCGGCUGCAGACGCCUGUCCUCCUGAGCCUGUCGACAGCCAGGUGCUGGUUCUGUGCGCUGAGGAGGCAUGUGGCAGUGAGGAGCCUCAGCUGGGCAGCAGCUGCAGCCCAGCACACAAAUUAUUUCAAAGGACGCUGAGCCCCGCAGACGUCCUGCACGUCCACAGUUAUGCCAAAGGAGACUACGGAGAGGGAGAAGCCCCACCCAAGGAGGAGAAGAGGAGUGAGGGUAGUGACAAUGAGAUGCAGAAAGACAACAGACUUGUUAGCAAAGCGCAGAUGGCAGAAGAGGUGGCUCAAGAUGGAGAGCCAGAGAGCGAUCUAGGACAGCUGCCAGGCCACCAUCCACUCAUAAAGGAUGGCAUGAGUGAUGACGAGGCUCCAGAGAAGGCCCCCCCAGUAGAGGAGGGCGGUCUGGAGGGGGAGAGCUGGGCCAAACCUCUGGCUCACCUGUGGCAGAGCAGACCUCCCAACCUGAAGAAAGAGAGGGAGUACAACCAGCGCAUGGGCUCCAAGCCUCCAUACUGCUCCAUCUGCAUGUUGUUCCACACAUACCAGCAGACUGAAUGUGCGAACAGUGUAGACAGUCCUGUCGUGGUGCCUGGUGGGAGGAUGCGGACCAAACCUCUGAUCCCAGAGAUGUGUUUCACCACCACCACAGACGAGGACUCUGAGUGUGAGCAACAGCCUGUCACACCUCAUCUAGAGGAAGAUGGAACCAGCCUCCUCAUCAGCUGCUCUCAGUGCAGCGUCCGGGUCCACACCAGCUGUUAUGGUGUGGAUCCAGCCAGUGUGAGCAAGGAGUGGAAAUGUGCGCGCUGCAAGGUCAACGCCAUGACUGAGAAUUGCUGCUUGUGUUCACUGAGAGGUGGAGCCUUGCAGAAAGCCAACAACAACAAGUGGGUACAUGUACUAUGUGCAGUGGCUGUACUGGAGGCGCGCUUUGUCAACAUCACUGAGAGAAGUCCUGUGGAUUUAAGUGGUAUCCCUUUGCAGAGAUUUAAAUUGAAAUGUUACUACUGUAAGAAGCGGAUGAAGAAGGCAUCUGGCUGCUGCGUGCAGUGCUCUCAUGGCCGCUGUCCCACUGCCUACCACCCCACCUGUGCACAGGCUGCUGGAGUACUCAUGCAGCCGGAUGAAUGGCCCUUUGUGGUCCAUGUUACUUGCUGUCGACACAAAGGACCCACUCAGAUUGAGCGCAAUAAAGCAGCCAUGCAUGAGCUGACUGUGGGACAGAAGGUGAUAUGCAAGCACAAGAAUGGCCGCUACUACCAGUGUGAUGUGGUGCAGCUAUCUAAAGAAACAUUCUAUGAAGUCAACUUUGAUGAUGGUUCCUUCAGCGACAAUCUCUUCCCUGAAGACAUUGUGAGCCGAGACUGUGCUCAGCUUGGACCCCCACCCCAGGGUGAAGUGGUUCAGGUGCGAUGGACAGAUGGCCUAGUGUAUGGGGCCAAAUUUGUGGCAGCUCAUGUCAUCCAAAUGUACCUGGUGGAAUUUGAGGAUGGGUCGCAGCUAACAGCCAAGAGAGAUGAUGUCUACACUCUGGAUGAGGAACUCCCUAAAAGAGUCAAGUCCAGACUGUCUAAAGCUUCAGACAUGAGAUUUGAUGGGAUCUUUGAAGAGAAGGAGAUCAUCCAGGAGUCAAAGAGACAGAGAGUGAUCAACUCGCGUUACAGGGGGGACUACAUAGAGCCUGUGAUUUACAGAGCCAUCAUGGAGUAACCCUCGGUCCCUGUCUGCUCACCCACACACCACCAGCACUGACAGACUGAACUGUGCUCACUGUACCCUAACUUUGCAGCUAGCCACCGAGAGAGUGUAGCUCCAGGUGACUUCCUUCAAGAUCUGCUUUGGACUGUUCUCUGUUUUUUAAUUCUCAUUCAUCCAUCUUUGUUUAGUCAAAGAGAAUUCUGUUUGCUUUGAUUGUUUGACUGUGAUUAAGGCGACAGCAGGAUUUUUUUUUAUUUUACUUUUUCCAUAGGACUCCACACACGGUGCAGUAAGCUGACGUACAGCCCCGGCAGUAUGUAACAGUAGGAAGCAAUAUAAAAACGGCAUAUGGCAUUCAAUAAAGUAGCAUUUUGUCGAGGCACCGCUAAAAAAAGACAAAGCAGGUGUUAAACUUCAUGUGAAAUGUACUUAACACAGCUUUACUAAACAUUUCAGUGAACUCUACCACUUCAGUGUUUACCUAAGUUUAAAGGAUAAUAUCAGUAUCAUUUUAUUUCUUUCCUUCUGCCAUCAGUGCCUAUGAUAUGGAACCCGACAGGUAAAAGUUUUAAUUCAUUUCUACCCUCAUAUUUAGAAUUUCUAAAUGACUAAAUUGUGCCCUCAAAUGGCAGAAUUAAUUCUGUCAAAUUAACACCCUUUGUAGCAAGUAUUCCUUUUGUUCUUGUCACCUCCACACUCUUUAAUUUAACUAAUUUGUGUGCCCAAAUUAUUAAUUUGAGGCUGUGAUUUAGUAAAUUAUCAAAAGUGUUUAAGUUUAGCAGUAUCAGUUAAUCUGCCAAUUAUUUGCUCAAUUAAUCAACUAAUGAUUUUGUCUGUACAAUGUCAUGUUAGUGAAAAUGCUCAUCAAAAUU